AUGGAGCGGCGCAUCACCUCGGACACACAAGCGACCUCCAGACCAACCCGAAGCAAGUCGGAAGGCCGUUGGGGGUCCCAGAAAGAGGAGGACCGUAAUCGAGAAAACCCCAUCAUCAUAGGGGCAACCCCUUUUCAUCCCUCAAUCCUCAAGGUCUGGCUCCCGAGAAACUUCGACAAGCCAACGGACAUGAGGUAUGAUGGGACCAAGGAUCCCCAGGAACAUGUCACGGCUUUCGAAGCAAGAAUGAAUCUGGAAGGAGUAGGCGACGCAGCCAGAUGCCGGGCGUUUCCUGUAACACUGGCCGACCCGGCAAUCCGGUGGUUCAACACCCUCCCACAAGGAUCCAUCACGACCUUCGCAGACAUCUCCAAGAAGUUUCUAGCACGGUUCACGACGCGCAUAACAAAGGCGAAACACCCGAUCAACCUGUUAGGGGUCACCCAGAAACCCGGCGAGCCGACCAGGAAGUUCCUGGACAGGUUUAACGACGAGUGCCUGGAAAUCGACGGCCUCACGGACUCGGUCGCUAGCCUAUGCCUAACGAAUGGCCUAUUGAAUGAGGACUUUAGGAAACACCUAACAACCAAACCUGUAUGGACCAUGCAAGAAAUCCAAAGCAUAGCCAAGGAGUAUAUCAAUGACGAAGAGGUUAGCCAGGUUGUGGCGGCCAAUAAACGGCAGCCACCCAACUCGCCACCUCGGCAUGCGCACCAGACUGAAAGGUACAAGGAAGCUCCUAGAGACAGCACCCCAAACAAACUAACCAAGCAACCACGGGUAGGGAGAUUCACGAACUACACGCCACUCACGGCGCCCAUAGUAGAGGUCUACCAGCAGAUUGCAGACAAAGGAAUCCUAUCCAGACCAAGACCCCUGAAGGAGAGAACGGGAGGCAACAAAAGCCUUUACUGCGAUUACCACAAAGGGUUUGGUCACAAGACCCAGGACUGCUUUGACCUCAAAGAUGCCUUGGAACAAGCCAUCAGGGAGGGGAAACUAAACGAGUUCUCCCGGCUCAUUAGGGAGCCGAGGAGACGGGAAAGAGAGCGCUCGGAGGAAGACCGGAACCGGGCUGUCAAGCCAAGACAGGAACCUCCAGGGGACGCCAACAACCCCCCAGCCUUUGUGGUUAAUGUCGUGGUCGGACAAGAUAGCCCCCCCAAUUCCAAAUCAGCAACAAGGAAGGAUUCCCGAGUGCUCUCCAUCACAACAGAGAGCCCCACUGCCAGCAGGAAGCCCCCCACCAUAUCAUUUGGCCCAGAAGACAAAUGGUUCAAUGACCUUCCCGAGAACCCCCCUCCCAUGGUAGUCACAGCAAUGAUCGGAACGGGACUGGUCAAGCGCAUCCUCGUCGACACGGGAGCCGACUCAAAUAUCCUAUUCAGAAACGUCUUCGACGCCAUGGGAUUCAAGGAAUCCGACCUCCAAAAUCACUAA